CGUUCAGGAGCGCUUCGGAGUUGAUUCAAUAGUAGGAGUUGCUCUAGUACUACGCAGUGUUUAGCCAAAUUCCUGAGGAUCAAUGAUUGGUGUAUUCGACUCAGAGACUGCUUUAUAAUCUGUGGACUGUCCUUCUAGGCUUAUCCAAGUGUAUUAGUGCUUAUAUACUUGUGCUUAUGCCACCGCCUGCCCAUUGGCUGGAAAUUGCGGGGGACGCGAUAGCUGUCUCGGUGGAACUAUGCAGGCACCCUUCAAUUGCUAUAUCGAGAGACAUUUUGAUGGGUAAUGGGGCUUUGCCCAGGGUUUCACAUGAGCCAGGCCCUUUGGUCUCCUCUAUCGUGUGGGGGAGUUAUGUAGCCUGGGAAUUGUAUUUGGCAGGUUUCGGAUCGGAUCGGUUUCCAUCCGCAUUGCGGAGUAUUCGUAGGGAUGUCAAUCAGCCCGGAUGUUGGGGUAACAUCCGUAACUCGAUCCCGCAGAUGGCCUGAGUCUUUGUUGCCCCACAUUAAUGCGAUAUGUAUUGGAACGCAAAUGACACGUCCUGGUGGCUGGCUUCGGUAACAAUUAA